AACACAAAAUAAUACAAAUAAAUGGGCUUAUUUUCGCUUUUGCCGGUUUUGUUUUCUUUGUUGCUGAAGCUUUCGAUCACUUAGAAAUUCAGAUCUCAACUAAAUUUAGACAAUCAAUAGGAAUCUUGUUAUUUAAAUCAAAUCAAAUAUAAUACAAAAUCAAUCUUUUUUUUGUUCUAAUGCUAACUUCAGUUUUGAUUUGAAGUUCUGUGAAAGUUUCAAUAAAGCUUCCUUAUCAACUUGUGAAUAUGACAACUGUUUCAAUACCUGAGUUAGAUACCGGUCCAGUAGAUGAGAUAGCCACAACUUCUGAAGUUUCUGGGAUAAAAUUAAUGCCAUCUAAGUGUAAACCUUAUAUGGUUCCACCUUCUAUUGAGUUUGAAAAAUUUCUUCCAAUUACUGAAUUUGAGAACAUUUCAUUCAUUGGAGAAGGAGCCUAUGGUUCAGUUUAUAAAGUCAAAGAUAAAAAGCAGGAUAAAAUUGUGGCUAUGAAAAAAUUGAAAAUAGAAAAAGAUGCAGGUUUACCUGUUAAUUUCACUCGAGAAAUAAAUACACUGAAGCAACUUAAGCAUGACAAUAUUGCGAAUUUACUUGGAGUGGCUGUGGAUAGAGAUUUUGAAAACAUCUAUCUUGUUUUAGAGUAUUGCCCCUAUGAACUUUCAAAAGCUAUAGAUGAUGGCUUAAUACAGAGUUUGAUUAACGAAGCACAUAUAAAGUGUAUCAUGUAUCAGUUAUUUACUGGAUUGCAUUUUCUUCAUGAAAAACUUGUUUUGCAUAGGGACUUGACUGGAACUAACAUUCUUUUUACUGAAAAAGGAGUUUUGAAGAUAACUGACUUUGGCAGUUGUCGGCAUGCUUCGAAAGAGAAAAUGACACCAAACAUGGUGUCUAGAUGGUAUAGAGCACCAGAACUAUUAUUUGGAGCAGAAAACUACUCAUCAGCCAUUGAUAUAUGGUCUGCUGGCUGUAUUUUUGCAGAACUGUUAAAUAAAAGACCUCUCUUCGAAACUGAUUCUGAUAAUAAUAUGAUUUCAAUGUUAGUGGACUUACUUGGAAUCCCUACUGAAACCAAUUGGCCUGGUUGUUCAGAGCUGCCACUGUUGAAGGAAUAUGAACUUCAAGGUCACCCGUAUAACAAUUUGAGAUUGAUGUUUCUUGAACAGUCCUCUGUAUGUAUGGAUCUAUUAUAUAAAUUAUUCACAUAUAACCCUAUUAAAAGGAUUACAGCACAGGAAUGUUUAGUUCAUUCAUAUUUUACUGAAAAUCCUAAAGCUUGUGACUUGAAAACUCUUGUGGCUCUUUUGAAAAAAGUGGAUACAAUAUAUUAAAAAAAAAAAAAAAAAAAAAAAAAUUGUGUUCAAUUUUGAAAGAUAUGAUUAAGCACUGAUCUCAAAGAAUACUUUCUUUAUACAUGUAUAGCAAUUGCACCAUGUUUAUUUAAAUGUGAUGUAUUUUUAAAAGAAAAUCCAUUUUUUCAAAUUUCUUUUAAUUGUACCAUUGUUUGUUGUUUCAUUAUGUACAGUUC